AUGACCAGUAACCAACCGAACGGCGACCAACCACCGGCACUGGCGCCGGCCGCACCAGUGUUCUCAACUUACUACCCGAGGACACCUGCUCAUCCAUCUUCAUCGGCGACGUCGUUGGAAGGCUGUUGUCGCUGCCUCUUCCUGCUAUCAUCGCUCCUCGCAUUUCUUGCGCUGUUGGUGGCGCUCGUCAUCAUCCUGGCGAUGAUGCCCAAGAAGCCACAUGUCAAUCUUCAGUUAGUCGAGCUUCAAUACAUGUCCAUCACCGCCGACAGCCUAAUCGGAACCGCCUCCAUCACCCUCACCAUUCACCUCAUAUUCCAAGCGGUUAACCCCAAUAAGGUCGGGGUCAGAUACGGCGAUUUCUGGUUCACCGUCAUGUACCGUAGAAUCCAGCUCGACAAAGCCUCCAUUCCAGGGUUCUUCCAGGAAGCUCACAAUAUGAAACAAGUGGCCGCCACCAUCUCCAUCGAUCGCAUGAGUUUGUUUAAUGACAGUUUAAAUCGACGCCAAACCAAUAAUGUGCGUGCGUGCAUCGUGCGUGCAUGA